AUGAUGCAAGAGCAUUUACUCGAGAACUCUGUGAGUGUUGGACCCGGCGGAGUGGACGCCGGACAAUUUGGAUCCUCCGGUGGAUCCCUCCAUCCCUCCCAACACCAAAUGGAACAUUUAAACGGCAUGGGCUCACAUGGGCGGAUCUUGUCCCCUCCGCCUAACGCGUUAGUCGACCAUCCCCCACCUUCUUGGCCAAUGGAUGGCAACCCUCCCCCACCCAACGGCAUGGAAAGCACGGCUGCCUUCAUCAUGGACGCUCAAGCCAACAGUGUGAACAAUGGUGGAAGUCGGGGUGGGGGCGGGGGUGAAUCUCCAGCCACUUCCAUGAGCGGUCCUCCCGAGGUCUCCAGCUCAGUGAGUGAAGCCACCCUCCUCGGAGGUCCCGGAUCGGACGGGAUCGGGGGCCCACCUUCUUGGCCAAUGGAUGGCAACCCUCCCCCACCCAACGGCAUGGAAAGCACGGCUGCCUUCAUCAUGGACGCUCAAGCCAACAGUGUGAACAAUGGUGGAAGUCGGGGUGGGGGCGGGGGUGAAUCUCCAGCCACUUCCAUGAGCGGUCCUCCCGAGGUCUCCAGCUCAGUGAGUGAAGCCACCCUCCUCGGAGGUCCCGGAUCGGACGGGAUUGGGGGCCCCGGGGGUGGGCCUGGAGGAGGUGGGCCCAAUGCCAAUGCCAAGAAGAGCUCCUCGAGGCGAAACGCCUGGGGCAAUAUGUCAUAUGCCGAUCUCAUCACUCAAGCCAUUCAGAGUACGCCUGAAAAGCGACUGACCUUGUCGCAGGUCUAUGAGUGGAUGGUCCAAAACAUUCCUUACUUCAAAGACAAAGGUGACAGCAACAGUUCAGCCGGAUGGAAGGUAAGCAGUAAUGUAUUAUAUAUGAAAUUAUAUGCACUCGUUGUGCAUGUAUAUGACAAGGUUUGGGGUUAUUGA